AUGGACACAGCUGAAGUAGAAUUUUUAGCGGAAAAGGAAACUGUCUCAAUUGUUCCUAAUUUCGCACAAGAUAAAAUUUACCUGAUUGGUGGAGACAUCGGUCCAUUUAGCCCAGGAUUACCUACUGAGGUUCCAUUAUGGAUGGCUAUCAACCUUAAACAGUCUCAGAAAUGCAGACUGACACCUCCGACCUGGAUGGUUGUAGAACAAUUACAAGACAAGAAACAAGAAGAGACAGACUCCAAAUUUUUCACCGCCAUGCCUUCUUCACAUUACAUGGAAAUCACGCAACUUUUAUUAAAAUAUGCCACUGAUGACAUACCUCACGCUGAUGAGAUCAGAACACUUGUUAAAGAUAUCUGGGAUUUAAGGAUAGCCAAAUUAAGGAGCAGUAUUGACACUUUUGUAAAAAGUGAGGCAACUCAUGCUAAGCUGAAUCACUUAACGCUAAUGGAGUUGAAUACUGUUCGACCGUUCCUUACACAAGCCCUUGACCAGAUGCACAUUCUGCGGUCAAACAUGAGUGGACAUGUCCAUGCUUCUCAGGAAUAGGAGAAAUGAUCAAGUAUAACACUGAUUCUCAUGUUUGCUGUAUUAGAUUCAUGUAUUUGGCAAUAAGCCAAUACCUGGUAAUAAGCCCACCAAAA